AUGCAAAUACCAAACCUCGCGUCGUCCUCGGCGGCGGCGCUGCUCUCCCUUGUCGCCCUGCCACAAAUCGCGUCUGCCUUCUAUCUGCCCGGCGUGGCCCCAACCUCAUACAAAAAGGGCGAUGUCGUGCCUCUAUAUGUCAACACAAUAAAGCCGAUCGCUCCUCCGGGAGACACAAUGCUGCACUCGGUGGUAGCGUACGACUACUAUCUUCCCAUAUUCAAGUUCUGCCAACCAGAUGGGGGACCGCAAUCUGUAGGCGAGAGUUUGGGCAGCAUAUUGUUCGGCGACAGAAUCAUGACGUCGCCUUUCGAGCUCAAGAUGGCAACCAACGAGUCCUGCAAGGCCCUUUGCGACGUCAAAUAUACCCAAGCUGCAGCGAAAUUCGUCAACGAGAAGAUCGAGUUGGGCUACAGUUUGAAUUGGCUGGUGGACGGACUCCCGGCCGGCCAGGACAUUACCGACGAGCUCACCCACACGGAUUUCUACAGCCCUGGGUUUCUGAUGGGCGAGGUGUCUAAUAACAAGCCUACUUUCAACAACCACUACGACAUCAUCGUCGAGUAUCACGAAGUGGGCGGAAACCCAAACCAGCUGCGCGUGGUGGGAGUUAUCGUUCAGCCUCGUUCUCUCGAGUACGGCGACAAGGAGCCCGACUGCGCCACGGAAAAAUACGAACCAGUUGUGCUGUCUGCUGACGGGCAGACCAACGUCAAGUUCUCCUACGGCGUCUUCUGGAUCAAGUCCGGCACCGCUUGGGCCACUCGGUGGGACAAGUAUCUGCACGUCUUCGACCCCAAGAUCCACUGGUUCUCGCUCAUUAACUCGGCAAUCAUUGUGGUGUUCCUGGUCAUGACCGUCAUGUCCGUACUCGUCCGCACCCUGCGCAAGGAUAUCGCGAGAUAUAACCGCCUUGACUCAAUCAACUUGGACGAUCUGAACGGGACAUCCGUGGUCGAGGAUGGGGUGCAGGAGGACUCAGGCUGGAAACUGGUCCAUGGCGACGUCUUCCGCACACCAUCCCACCCUCUUCUGCUCUCAAUUUUCCUCGGAAAUGGCGCGCAACUUUUUGUCAUGACUGGCUUCACCAUUUGCUUUGCGCUGCUCGGAUUCCUGUCCCCGUCGAACCGCGGCUCGCUUGGCACCAUUCUGGUCCUACUCUACACCAUCCUGGGCUUUGUUGGAGGCUAUGUAUCCGCGCGGGUGUACAAGUCCCUUGACGGCGAGAAAUGGAAGCUCAACAUCGCCCUCACACCACUCCUCGUCCCCGGAAUAGUGUUCUCUAUUUUCUUCGUCCUCAACCUCCUCCUUUGGGCGAAGCAAUCCGGUGCCGUGCCAUUCACGACGAUGCUUGUCCUCGUUCUGAUUUGGUUCAUCAUUUCAGUCCCACUCUCCUGCACAGGUUCCUGGUUGGGCUUCAAAUCCGCCCCGAUCGAGUCCCCGGUCCGCACGAACCAGAUCCCUCGACAGAUCCCCCCGGCCACUACCUACCUCAAGCCAAUCCCCAGCAUGCUCCUCGUCGGUAUCCUGCCAUUCGGUGCCAUCUUCGUCGAGCUGUACUUCAUCAUGAGUAGUAUCUGGUUCAGCAAGAUCUACUACAUGUUUGGUUUCCUCUUCCUGUGCUACGGCCUGAUGAUAAUCACUUGCGCCGCAGUCACCGUUUUGAUGGUAUACUUCCUGCUGUGUGCGGAGAACUACAACUGGCAGUGGAGGUCCUUCCUGGCGGCGGGCACUAGCGCAGGCUACAUCUUCCUGAACGCGAUGAUAUACUGGAUCACCAAGCUCAGCCUGGGUGGUUUCGUGGGCAGCAUGUUGUACAUUGGGUACAGCGGGCUGAUCUCGUUCUUAUUCUUCAUCCUGACUGGUACCAUUGGAUUCUUCUCUAGUUGGUGGUUCACGCGGAAGAUCUACUCUUCUAUCAAGAUCGACUAA